AUGUCCGGUAACGCAACAUUCUCGCGGAAUAUCACGGCAAGUGGACAUGUGGAUCAUGGAAAGACGACAUAUCUCGACUCGCUACUCGCUGCAAAUAAUAUCAUCUCAACAAGACAAGCCGGCAAGAUUCGAUAUCUUGACAGUCGAGAAGAUGAACAGGAGCGCGGGAUCACAAUGGAGGCGAGCGCCGUCUCGCUCAGGUUUACCAGCGGAGCCUCUGCAGGAUCUUCUGGAACAGCUACCCCAGUCGGAGAAUCCAGCACUGUAUACACCAUCAACCUCAUCGACACACCCGGCCACAUCGAUUUCUCGAGCGAGGUUUCGGCGGCAUCCCGCCUCUGUGAUGGCACUCUGGUGCUUGUAGACGUCGUAGAGGGGGUGUGUACCCAGACAGUGUCCGUGCUUCGUCAAGCACGAGCGGAUCGCCUCAAACCGAUUCUCAUUCUCAACAAGUUUGAUCGUCUCAUCACCGAGCUGCAGAUGAGCCCAACAGAGGCCUACCACCAUCUAUGUCAGCUUAUCGAGCAGGUGAAUGCGGUCAUGGGGAGCUUCUUUGCGAGCGAGCGACUUGAGGAUGACUUGCGAUGGAGAGAAGAGAGAGAGCGACGGCUCGAAUCACGUCGUCAGGCUAUAGCCAAUCUUGACCAGCCAACAGACGUGGACCAAGCCGUCUUUGACGAGUUUAAAGAAAAGGACGACGAGGACAUCUAUUUCGCUCCUGAUCGUGGCAACGUUAUCUUUGCCUCUGCGAUCGAUGGUUGGGCGUUCCGAAUAGGCAAGUUUGCAAGACUAUAUUCCAACAAGCUCGGAUUCAACGAGGAGACGCUGAAGAAGGUCUUGUGGGGUGACUAUUAUCUCGACCCGAAGACGAAACGAGUAAUCUCGCAACGACACCUCAAGGGACGAAACCUCAAACCUUUGUUUGUUCAGCUCGUGCUGGAGAAUAUCUGGAAUGUUUAUGAAAACGUCAUAACAAACCCAAACCCCGAAAAGGUUACAAAGAUUAUUGGAGCUUUGAACCUUAGGAUACUUCCUCGUGAUAUCAACUCGAAGAACCCGCGCCAUCUGCUGAAUCUCAUCUUCUCCCAAUGGCUGCCUCUAGCCAGUUGCACCAUUCAAGCCGUCAUAGACAUCGUACCUCCACCCACAAUCGCGCAAGAGACGCGUCUGCCGAAAAUUGUCUACCCAGAUCUUUCCGAGGAGACGAAAGAGCCCAAGAACAAACUUGAACGAGGUCUUUGGGCCUGUGACUCUCAGGAAGACUCGUAUGUCAUUGCAUACGUGAGCAAAAUGUUCGCUGUGCAAAGGAAGGAUAUGCCAGAAUCCAAGAGAGCUCCGGGGAGUCGAAAUGCAGAAUCGAAGGAAGACGAGGACGCGACGCCUACAAUCGAAGCGGAUGAGAAUGACGAGGUCCUUCUCGGCUUCUCGCGGCUCUAUUCUGGACGACUACGAACCGGAAGUACCGUCGCUGUCAUUCUGCCAAAAUACCAACAUGCUCGAGGCGUUUCGUCGCCACGAAAUAGCAGGUUCAUUUCGUUCAUCAAAAUCAAGGCGCUGUACACCAUGAUGGGACGAGAUCUGGUUCCGAUAUCCGAAGUUGUGGCUGGGAAUGUCUUUGCAGUCGCUGGACUCGGCGGGUUUGUUGGGAGGAGUGCAACUAUUUGCUCACCAUCAUCCAUUGGAUUUGAUGAGAAUAUGGCAAUUCAAGACCUAGAAUCGAAGCCAGAGGCGGAGUGUAUCAUCAAUUUGGGUGGUCUUGGGCUGCAGAUUUCUCCUAUCGUCAGAGUAGCCGUAGAGCCCGUCGAGUCUGCGGAUAUGUCAAAGAUGGUGGAGGGACUAAAAAUAUUGAGUCAAUCGGACCCAUGCGUCGAAGUCUUUCAGCAACAGACUGGGGAGUGGGUCAUCCUCUGUGCAGGAGAGCUUCACUUGGAGAGAUGUCUCAAAGAUUUACGAGAGAGAUUUGCCAAGGUGGAGAUUCAGGCCUCGAAUCCCAUCGUACCGUUUCGUGAAACAGCCGUCAAAGCUCCCGACAUGGCUCCACCGAAAACUGCCAAUGCACCGAGAGGCACAGUACAUGGAUCAGCCUCUCACUCACUUGCAACGUUUACCGUCCGUGCUGUGCCAAUGCCAGAUGCGUUGACAGAGUACCUUCAACAAAAUCACUCUAUAAUAGCCCGACUCGAGCGCGAGAUGCACGAUCGUGUCAAUGGAGUUCAACAGCAGGAUUCAAGGGAUGAGGAUACCGAGGAGGAACUUGCGAUUGCCCAUGGCGAACUGUUUCAUAAACCGACUGUGAAACCUGAGGAUUUCUGGACCACCUUUACCGAUAUCGCUAAAAAGGCUGGUGGAGAGUGGGCAAAGCGCGCGAGUCACGUUUGGGCCUUUGGACCAAACCGAACUGGACCAAAUCUCCUUCUGGACUGUCGUCCCGAAGGUGAACGAUGGCAUGACAGAAUGACAUGUAGUCGAAACGACCCACCUCCACAUAUCUCACGAUCAUCCCUCGAAUAUGAGCCCAGUCUCGAGGCUGGUUUCCAGAUAGCCACUCUACAAGGGCCCAUGUGCGCGGAACCAGUACAGGGCAUGGCGUACAUAGUCGAGUCGCUACAAUCGACCGAGCCGGAGAAACAGGAUCAAGACGCACAUUCUAAGCGAGCACAAGCCAAGGGCUCGUUGAUAUCUGGAAUGAGAGACGCAUGUCGGAAAGGGCUCUUGGACUGGUCUCCAAGGUUAUUACUGGCCAUGUACAGCUGUGAUAUUCAGGCCGCGACCGAGGUCUUGGGCAAAGUGUAUAGCGUCGUCGGCAGACGCAAGGGUCGAAUCGUCGCCGAAGAAAUGAAAGAAGGGACGACGUAUAUUACUGUAUCUUCCGUCAUCCCUGUCGUGGAGAGCUUUGGCUUUUCCGAUGAAAUAAGGAAAAAGACAUCAGGUGCAGCCAAUCCGCAACUAAUCUUCAGCGGCUAUGAGAGAUUGGAUCUCGAUCCAUUCUGGGUGCCCACCACUGAAGAGGAACUGGAAGAUUUGGGAGAGAAAGCGGACCGAGCCAACGUGGCGCGUGGGUACAUGGAGGCCGUUCGGGAGCGAAAGGGCAUGUUUGUGGAGAAGAAGCUCGUGCAAUUUGCCGAAAAGCAACGAACGCUCAAGCGCUAG